CCUUCUGAAGGAUCCAGAGUCCUCCCACCCCAACGUCACCUCAGACACACACAUCUACUCACACAGGAAGUAUUGUGUGUUGCAGUGGGAAGGCCCAUAUCUGUCACCUGGGAAGGGGUGGCAAUCACACACGCUGAACACAGAGCAGACACACAACUUCUUCUUCAGAAUAAAAAGAUGUGUUUUCCAAGCGCCUUGGGACCAAACAAUUCAGCCUGACACACUUUGAAUAGAUUUACUUGCUUUCUGAUUUUGUGGGAGCCGGUCACAAAAGGCAAAAUGCGGGACAUGCUGGAGAGGCUGCAGACCAUUAGUGAGGAGCAAGAGGACUACGAGCCAGAGUUUUAUGGACCUGAGUACGAUGUAGAUAAGGAGACUCUGCCUCAACAGGCGGUGAUGUUUGAGAACACCUCCACUAUUGACAACAUCCUGAGGGAGGCCCUCUCCAUACGCAAGGAGCUCUCCUUGCUCCACUUAGAGGUGGAGCGUCUGAGGAUAAAUAACGAACGCUUUGGCAGCUCUGUGCGGCGCCUCACCCUACUGAAAAAGGACUCUGACUCGAUUGCCAGGGGGAUCCAGCAACGUGGGGGGGCUCUGUACCUCCGCCUUCAGGCCCUGGGUAAAGAGAGCAGCCAGCUAGAGGAAAAAGAAGGUCCCAACUCUGCUGUGAGUCGCAUUGCCCGAGCUCAGUUUGACACACUGUCCCGUUUCUUCCGAGAUGCCAUGAGUGACUACAAUGAGGCAGAGGAGAUGCAGAGGAAUGCAUGCCGGCGGAGGAUCAAGAGGCAGGCCUCCAUACUGGGGACUGAAAUCUCGGAUGACCAGCUGGACGUGAUGGUGGACAAAGGUGGUGAGGGAUGGUCGGAGCUGUCCCAGAGCCUGCAGACCCAAGGUGCACGCUCGUCCCGCUGGGCGUUGUGCGAGAUCAAAGGCCGACACAAGCAGCUGGUGGAGCUGGAGGUCAGGCUGAAUGAGGUCCAUGAACUGUUCCUGGACAUGGCUGUGCUGGUGGAGGAGCAGGGAUCCAUGCUUAAUAACAUUGAGGCUCAUGUUGUUGGCACUCAGGAACAUACAGAGAAAAUUAAUGUUCACAUCAAGAAGGCCCUGCAGUACAAGAGGAAGAAUCCUUUCAAACAAUGUUGUCCCUGUCUACCCUGUUGGAAACACAACCUGUUUUAGGGCUUUUUUUUUUAUUUUAUUUCUUUAAUUUUAUGGAUGAUUUGAAAAAUGAAAUAAACAUUUACCUGUGUAAAAAGUUGAUAAACUUAAAAGUGAUAUUAAAUGUAUUUAAUUCAUGAUAAAUAAAGACUUUACUAGCACCCUCAUGAGUAUAAAAUGUAAGAGAAACAGUUUUGCUGGUGAGGAGCAGAACACUGUAUAUCCUUAAUUGGGGUGUGAGGUUUUGGAGUUACCAGCUGUCUUAAAUGUAAUCUAAACUUAAAUAUUUUGUUAUUUGGGUUGGAGUAUUAAUGUUAACAAGUACUUAUUGUGUUAAUGUGUUGACAUUAAAAGGAAAAAAAAACUGCUGACUUUAAUUAAA